ACCUGUAUCUCUACUGGUGGACCUGCUACCACUGUCACUUGGACCAGAGACUCCACCACUGUCACACAAGGAACUGCUGAGACUGUGUUGAAUGACCCAGUGAAUGCACAGUACACCCACACUCUGACUGUGACUGGGACUCUGGGAGGAAACUACACAUGUACUGUGUCCAAUAACAAGCCAUCCAGUAACUCAUCGAGUAUCACAGUUAGCGUUCCACCACCACCUACUAAUCUGACCCUGGAGCAAAAUAAUGAGACAAGCAUCAAUGCAUCAUGGAGUCCACCUCCCCAGUCUGCAAACAUUACAGGAUACAGAGUGUUCUGGACUCAGUGCGCCUCCUCUGACUGUAUCAAUCACACAGUGAUUAAUUCCUCGACAGUUGAAACACUGACAGGCUUGAUGGCAAGGCAGUGCUACAGUGUUUCUGUGGUUAGUGUUUCAGAUCUCCCAAGUAAUAUUACAACCCGGAAUAUAACUUUAGUUACCAAUCCAGGUAAUAUCAGCAUUGAUGUGGUAUCUACUAGCGAUGGUUUCUCAUUGAUGAUAAACUUUAGUAACUAUGUAGAAAAUGGGAUCUAUCGUAUUAUGACCAAUGUGACUGGUUGAGAUUUUUGCACUGUAACAAUGGUUGUUGGAGGCUCAGUGCUGACCAGACAUUAUGUGAAUCCAAUGAAUCUACAGCAUUACCGGACUAGUUCCUAACGGAUACAAUAUGACACUGGUGUAAGUAAUGCUCGGUAGCAGAACACAGAGUUUUUCUAAUCAGACUCA